UCGCCGUCCGCCCUGCCCUUCGCGCCCGACCCCGAAGUGCCUGCUAUCCACCCUCCGCGCUCCCGCGCUCCGUUCCGACCAGGCCGCGCCCAGCUGGAAUGCAGAGAUCGCCGCCCGGCUACGGCGCACAGGACGACCCGCCAGCCCGCCGCGACUGUGCAUGGGCCCCUGGACCCGGGGCCGCCGCUGAGCCGCGCGGCCUCCCCGCCGCCCCCGCUGCCCUCGCAGCGCCCGCCGCCCCCGCCUCGCCGCCCAGCCCGCAGCGCAGCCCGACGCGAAGCCCCGAGCCGGGGCGCUAUGGCCUCAGCCCGGCCGGCCGCGGGGAGCGCCAGGCGGCCGACGAGUCGCGCAUCCGGCGGCCCAUGAAUGCCUUCAUGGUGUGGGCGAAGGACGAGCGCAAGCGGCUGGCGCAGCAGAACCCGGACCUCCACAACGCGGUGCUCAGCAAGAUGCUGGGCAAGGCGUGGAAGGAGCUGAGCACGGCGGAGAAGCGGCCCUUCGUGGAGGAGGCGGAACGGCUGCGGGUGCAGCACCUGCGAGACCACCCCAACUACAAGUACCGGCCGCGCCGCAAGAAGCAGGCGCGCAAGGCCCGGCGGCUGGAGCCCGGCCUCCUGCUCCCGGGCCUGGCGCCCCCGCCGCCGCCACCCGAGCCCUUCUCCGCGGCGCCUGGUCCAGCGCGUGCCUUCCGCGAGCUGCCCCCGCUGGGCGCCGAGUUCGACGGCCUGGGGCUGCCCACGCCCGAGCGCUCGCCGCUGGACGGCCUGGAGCCCGGCGAGGCCGCCUUCUUCCCGCCACCCGCGGUGCCCGAGGACUGCGCGCUGCGAGCCUUCCGCGCGCCCUACGCCCCCUCCGAGUUGCCCCGGGACCCCGGUGGCUGCUACGGUGCGCCCUUGGCCGAGGCGCUCAGGACCGCGCCCGCUGCCGCCGCGCCGCUCUCCGGCCUCUACUACGGCGCCCUGGGCGCGCCCGGACCGGGCCCGUACCCCGGCCCGCUGUCGCCACCGCCCGAGGCCCCCCCGCCCGAGGGCGCCGAGACGCUGGGGCCCGCCGCCGACCUGUGGGCCGACGUGGACCUCACCGAGUUCGACCAGUACCUCAACUGCAGUCGGACUCGGCCCGACGCCGCGGGGCUCCCGUACCACGUGGCGCUGGCCAAGCUGGGCCCGCGCGCCAUGUCCUGCCCGGAGGAGAGCAGCCUGAUAGCCGCGCUGUCCGACGCCAGCAGCGCGGUCUACUACAGCGCGUGCAUCUCCGGCUAGGCGGCCCGCGGGGCCCGGGGCUCGCUCCCGCAGCUAGCGCGACGGGAUUGCUGCGCACUCCUGCUCUGUCUCUCUCCCGCAGGCAGGCGUAGGUCUCCCUGCAAGGGCGGUUCCCACGUGUGCUGGGGCUUUUCCAGGAAGCCCAGGCCUAGGACCUGUUGGCUGGCCCUGCCAGGGUUAAGUUUUUGAAGCGUCUAAUUCUUUUCUUGCAGUAUAUUUUCUAGAACCAGGCUGUAUUUUUUACUUUGCCUUUUUUAUAUACAUAAUACAACAUAUUUAAUUUUUAAUUAAACUUUUUCUUCCAAGGGGUUUCAGUGACCAAAAGCACCAAUGUAGCAAGGCUUUUUAAAUAUGAAGAAUACCACUGUUUGUUUGCUUUAAAGGAGAAGCAGGAGCUGGGUCGCCCCUGGGCCAGGCGAGGCCACAAUAAAGUGACUCGCUCCUUCCUCUGAACACCCGAGUCUGUGGUCGUUGGGGGAAGGGGGACCGGUACACCCAAUGACCCUGGACAUGCCCUUCCCCCAGAGAGCCGCCUCCUCCCCGCUUAGGCCCCAAAGCACCCACUUCUCCAUCCUUCCAGGCUACUCAGCAGAGAUGGUGGGAGGCAUGAGGUGUGGGCACUCCCCACCCUGCCAGCCUUCCAUUCCCCUCCUGUCCCAACCCCCAUUGUAACUGAAGCCUAAUAGGGAUCAGCAAUCCCUCCACACCCCCACCCAUGUUUGG